AUGAUCCAGUUCAGCAUCUUGCUUCAUGCACUGUUCGGUAUCGUGCUGCGAGCUUCUACCGUCUUAAGUGGAACAUCGUUUCCAGGCGUAGAAUAUAACGUCGUAGUCGGCGAGCCAGCUCAUGCCAGCAGCUACUACAACUUUGUGCCUAAUGUUCUAUACGACACCCAAUACGUUCCUAGUAAUGCUAACGACGGAUUUUCAGACGCAACGAGCUGGUGGUCGGCCGGUGACGAUGCCACUGAACAAGUUUUUUGGCAAGUGAAUAUGAGCAGCUGGGCGCCAAGUAUCACACGGAUGGUUGUACGAUGGCACGGCUUCUUGUCGCCUAAAACCUACCGCAUUCGUGUGUCAUACGAUGGUCGUGAAUUCACGAGCGUCCUCGCCUUUGCUAAUCUUUCUAAUGCUUACGAUCGAGUUGAUAACCACACAGAAGGAUUUGGACGUCUAAUAUCGAAGUUUAAAUACAUUCGAAUAGUGAUGGAUGACCCAAAUGUCUGUGGUGACCAGUUUUCAUGUGUCGACGAUGGUAUCAGUGAGAGAACAAUUGAUACGAAUGAGCGUGUGCUUUAUGGCAUUCGCGAGGUUGAAGUGUGGGCCAAAGGGAGGAGGAAUGGAGCAACGUCAAAAUGGAGAUUCAGUAUCAAAUUUCUGGUAGUUUUCAUGAUGGUCGUUAUUUGA